AUGUUACUAUUGGUACUUGGUUCCAAUCGCUGUAAAUCUUUAGAUUGUCAAUUAAAUGAAUCCGACAAGCACAGAGUUGCAUACACCAUUACUGUUGAUAAGUCGGGCCAUGGAAAUUUCACUUCAGUACAAAGUGCCAUCGAUUCAAUUCCUGCUGCUAACACUCGAUGGAUACGCGUUCAAAUUUCUCCUGGCAACUACGAGGAAAAGGUUGUUAUCCCUUUGAACAAACCGUGCAUUUUUCUUGAAGGAGCUGGCAGCAAGUUAACAAGCAUUGUAUUUGGCGACGAUCAAGACAAGGACACUAGCGCUACCUUCAUUUCUCUUGCUGAUAACAUCGUAGCAAAAGGCAUCACGAUCAAGAAUUCCUAUAACCUACCACUUGAACCAGAGAAAAUCGUAUGGAAGAGAGCUACGGCUGCUGUAAUACAAGGAGAUAAAUCUGCCUUCUAUAAUUGCGCUUUUCUCGGAAUACAGGAUACCCUUUAUGACGUAAAAGGCCGCCAUUACUUCAAUGGUUGCUACAUCGAAGGUGCAUUGGAUUUUAUUUAUGGAGGGGGAAAUCUAUCUAUGAGGUAA